UGUCCUCCGUCUUCCGCGUUCCCUCUGCUCUUACUCGGUCGCUGCGCUCUAUCUUCCUCGCGUCACUCGUCGGUUCUCCCUUUAGCACGUUUUACCUCCUGCAUAUUUUUUUUAAUAUAAAAGCUGUUUUAACAACUCGUGCGUUGAGUGGAGUUCCCUGCACUUUUGGGGGGCCCCCUCGCACCCCGUCCGGCACCUGGGAGCAGUCGACGGCGUUCUCCAUGUUUUGGAGCGCCGGGGCCCAGCGCACCGGCUCAGGCUCCAGCCAUGUCGGCCAAGAAUGCAGCGGCUGGCGGCGGUGACGGAGCGGGAGGCGAACCAGCAGUUCAGGGUCCCGGGUGGCUGGAUUCCAACCCAGCUGUCAUCGGGCCAUAGGCGUGGGACACCCCGAAUGGGUCCAUGUCUCCUGUGAUUGGACGUGCUGGUUGAGGAGGGACAAAGAAAUCCCGGAUCUCAGUCCGACUUCAUGAUUUCAGCCUCGGCGUCUGGCAGUUCGUUGAGCAUGGAGAUAACCAGGAAGCGCAAAGGCAGCACAGACAACCAGGAUUUAAAACCGUCUUCAUUAAAUGAUGUGGAAAUGGAAGAUGACCAAAACAGGUCAGAUGAAGAGGACCAGCAUGCCAAAAUAAAAUGCUUCAGAGAACCUCACAGUCAAAUUGAGAAGAGAAGACGGGACAAAAUGAACACCCUGAUUGACAAGCUGUCGGCAAUGAUUCCAACCUGUAACCCCAUGUCCCGGAAACUGGACAAACUCACUGUGCUCAGAAUGGCUGUUCAACACCUCAAAUCUCUCAAAGGUUCAUCAAACUCCUUCUCUGAAGCCAGCUGCAAACCCUCAUUCCUUCCUGAUGAGGAGCUUAAACAUCUUGUUCUAAAGGCUGCGGAUGGUUUCCUGUUUGUUGUGGGCUGUGAUCGUGGAAAAAUCAUCUUUGUGUCAGAGUCCAUCACAAAGAUAUUAAACUACAGUCGGACGGAGCUGAUUGGGCAGAGUCUGUUUGAUUACAUACAUCCCAAAGACAUUGGAAAAGUGAAGGAGCAGCUGUCGGCUUCUGAAUCGCACCCUCGUGAACGCCUAAUUGAUGCUAAAACUGGUUUGCAGGUCCAGGCUGAUCUUCCAGUUGGUGCAACUCGGUUGUGUUCAGGGGCACGUCGCUCUUUCUUCUGCCGCGUCAAGUACAACAAAAUUGCUGUCAAAAGUGAAGAGAAGGACUCCCAUCCCAAUACCUCCAAAAAGAAAGAAUCCCAGAAGUACUGCACAGUCUACUGCACAGGCUACAUGCGGAGCUGGCCCACCAGCCAACUGGGAGCAGAGGGGGAAGGAGAAGUGGACAAGCAGGACAGUUCCCAGUUUAGCUGCCUGGUGGCAGUGGGGCGGGUCCACAACAGCUCAUCUCCCCAGCUUAAUGGAGAAGUCAAAGUUAAACCCACCGAGUUCAUCACACGUUAUGCCAUGGAUGGAAAAUUCACUUUUGUUGAUCAAAGAGCAACAACCGUUCUAGGUUAUCUUCCCCAAGAACUGCUGGGAACCUCCUGCUAUGAGUACUUCCACCAAGACGACUUACCACAUUUAGUAGACAGACAUAGGAAGGUGCUGCGGAGUAAAGACAAAAUUGAGACCAACUGCUACAAGUUCAAAACAAAAUAUGGUUCCUUUGUCACUCUGCAAAGUCAGUGGUUUAGUUUUAUCAAUCCCUGGACCAAAGAAGUGGAAUACAUAGUGUCUACUAACACCGUGGUAUCGUAUGAUCACAGUCGAGCAGGGCGCUCUUCAAAGAAAGCAGAGCCGUCGAGUAAUUCCAAGACUUCAGAAGAUUGCAAAAAGUCCCUUCCAGUUAUACCAGGCAUUUCCACUGCAACUGGGACUAUGGUAUAUGCUGGGAGCAUAGGAACUCACAUCGCCAAUGAACUGCUGGAUUUUAACAGGCUGAACUCGUCACCAUCCAGCGGGAAUGUUAGCCCCUUCAGUCUCCCACAGGAAAAAUCUCCACAAACCCUCAAUCAAUUCACAAACAAUGUGCCAAAUGGGGAAACUUCUGACAUGGAGAUCCCAGGAAAGUCUACUUCUGAUGACGCCCAAGCAGCUUCAUUUUCAGCAGGAGAUUUGCUCAUAGGGGACAAUUCAAACUUGGAUUUGGACGGUGUUGUAGGACCAGGUUUGAGUAACCUUACCAACGAUGAAGCAAACAUGGCGCUGUUCAUGAGAUUCUGGGAAACGGACACAAACUUGGCAGAAACCAUAGACCUGGAAGAGAUGCACUGGUCUUUAUGAAAUCUGUUUUGGCUGCUAGGAAAUGCUAGGACUCUCUCUUUUCUGCCAGGAGCUGAAAAAGGUUCACCUCAAGAAGAAGCUUUCAGUUUUUCUAAAGACUGUAAUUUAUUAGCAAUCCCUUACAGCAUAAGAUGCGUAGAGUUUGGGUUGCUGCUCCAGCAGGAUGGGGACCAACAAACCGUUUUCCUGUCUUGAAAGGAUGCUUCUCAAAAGCCUUACAGAAGUCUGCCUGCCCUAAAAUGCUGUUCCUCGCCAGGAUCCUCAUCUGUUGACCUUAAUAGUCAAAUAGCUCAGAAACCCACUGCGGUUUUCCUGAAUCCACUUUUCUCCUACAUUUGAGCAAACCUUGACAAAGAGAAAGUCUGCACUGAGAUGAUAAAGGCUUGAUGUUUCACUUGGUACCGUAUGGGAAUGUGAAGGAGGCAACUUGAUAUGCUGGCUCACCCAGUGUCCCACCAGCACACUAGAGUCCAGCGCUUUGUUCCAGUCCAAUGUCCCACGCCAAACCACAGUUCAAAAACCUCUGGCACACCCCAGCUUCUUUUUUGUCGUAAGUCGACCUAAGCCACCUGUGUAGAUGUGGUAUAACACCAUGUAAUCCAUUUGUGUCUUAAAGAGAUAGCAUAUAUACGAAGAAUCCCUAAAUCUAACUAUUUUUACCUCUUGGAUAUAGGACCUAUUUUACCAGAAAAUUAGCUGGUCCUUUUAGAUUUACCAACCACCUCUUUUGGAUUAGUUUUAAUCACUGCAGUUCAUGCAGAAAAGCCCAUUUUAUUUGUGCUAGGGCAUCACCAGCUGAACAGCAUACAGACUUUUUCACAUUUUAUCAGUAAAGUUAUUUAAUCUGAUUCAAGUAUUACAGUAGUGGUGGUAACUCAGGAAGUUAUCCUGUUCAAAAUGCUUCAAUACAUAUUAGGCAUUUGUAUUUAGUGUAAUUUGUGUUUUUUUUUUACUGUUUUUACUCUCCUCAAUUAUGUAGUUUUGCAGGUGUGCCAUAGUUUGAGUUCCUGGUUCCACAUUCUGUUAUGCACUGACGGUGUUUAGAAGGCAUUUUUAUUAAAAUGAAAUAAUUAAGGGGUUAAGCUAUGCAGAUCUAUCAUUCCAUAAAUGUUUAAUAUAACUGUAAUUUUGCUCUCCAUGGAUUGCUCACAUGCAUGACUCCCAAAAUUUUAAAACUCCUUGCUGACUUUUAUUGUGAAACUCUACUUAAACCGAGUCUCUAAUCGAUUUGAUGUGUUAACCUCGUGUAGAGUUUUCACAUGUUCUUGCUUAGAAUUGCACAUUUGAAGCCUGUACAUUGAGAUAUGAAUAGCUAUAUUCAUUGUAUAAUGAUUGCUGGUAAUUCCCUCAGUAAUAUAUAUUUUUUUCUAGGAUUACCAAAGCAUGAAUAGCUGUACAUUGAUCUUCCAAAUAGAAUUGCUAAAUUAAAAUCUACAGAAACUUUCCUCAUAAGCUUAAUUCAAGAAAGCAAUUGUUCUGGCUGUUUUACUAGUUAUUAUAAGCACUUUGUAUAAUUUCCCUGAGUCAAAGUUAUCUUAAGUAUGUGUCAUGUGAAGAGAUAUAACUCAAAAUGUCCUAUUUGAUCCAGAAAAGUAAUCAUACGGCACAUUACUUAUAGAUUUAUUUUUGGGACUGUUGUAUAUGUGAGACUUACUGGAUUCAUUGCUGGUUUUACACUGUGUGUCAUUGGGAGUGCAAUGUGAAGCAUAAGUUGUGUACGUUUUUGUCAGAAAAGCUGUGCAUCUCUAUUUUAACCUCAGCGGUCAGAUUCAAAGCCGUUCACAUAAGCAGCAAACGGAGCAGCUUUGCUUUUGUGCUGAUAUUUUAGACCACAGUUAACAGAAUUCCAAAGGACUGAGAGGAACUUCCAGUUUGGGAAUUUAAGGUCUAGGAAAAGGUAGUCAUAAAUCAUUAAAAAAAUUCUGAGUUUUUAUUCUAUCCGAUGCUUGAAAUGUGAGCCAGUUGAUUUCAAACAGCUGGACUCGUUCUCGAACCCUCCUACCUGUGUCCGAAGUGCCUUGGGACAGUUUUGUUCGGACACAAUAAUCUGAGCGUGUUCCACACAGGCAGCUGGCUUUCUGGCACUUCUACAGACUGAAUGAGGGGGGGUGGUCUACACAUGUGUUAUUGGAUUAACUUGAUGCGCCAUGCAAUGCCAUGCUGAAUAAAGUGGGCUCUUGUUCACAGAUGAAUCCGGUGCUGCACAGGUUGGGGUCGGUACACGGUGACGUGUACUUAAGCAAAAACGCAUCGCUAUGGAGUUGUGCCAUAGACAGGCUGGUCCUUUUUAAAGGCAAAAUGUUUUGGGGCUUACUUUUGUGAUUUUCUGUUCCUCUUCCUCCAACAUUGCACUGUUGUGACCGUCAUAUCCCAAAAAAGUAAAAAAGAAAAAAUCUCACAUCAUCUUAUCUGGUGUUAACAGAUUUGAACCUUUUAAGAGGUCAUGGGUUGUUGUGUUUUUUUUUGUAUUUUGUCUCAGUUUAAAAUAAAAGGUGUAGUUUUUGUAAAGCAGACCAUGUUGUGUUAAGGAUGGCCCUAUCUUUGUGUUUUGUGAAUAUUGUUUACACUUAAAAUGGAUUAAAUUGCAAGGCUGUGCAUGCACCAGCAGCCAACAGCUUUCAUUUUACGAUCAUUUUACCUUAAUGAAUAAUAAAUGGUAAAUUAGGUCA